AUGACCCUGCGCUCCGCCGGGUCCCUGGAGAGCGCGGAGGGCUCCCGGGCGCGCUGGGGGCACCCCGGGGCGGCGGCGCCUGUUGCCGAGGAGUCCCGUGAGGCGGCGCAGCUGGCCGCAGCUAUGGAGGAGCUGCGGCGGGCAGGGUGGUACUGGGGCAACAUGAGUGUGGCUGAAGCCAAAGAGAGAUUACAGGAUGCCCCCGAAGGGACCUUCUUGGUUAGGGACAGUUCACAUUCAGAGUAUCUACUGACUAUUUCGGUAAAAACAUCAGCGGGACCGACCAAUCUACGUAUAGAAUAUCAAGAUGGCAAGUUUAGACUGGACUCUAUCACUUGUGUCAGAUCUAGACUUAAACAGUUCAACAGCGUUGUGCAUUUGAUUGAGUACUAUGUUCUUAUGUGCAAGGACAGAACCGAAACACCUUCAAAUGGAACAGUUCAUCUCUACUUGAACAAACCUCUCUAUACGUCCGCUCCAUCUCUGCAACACCGCUGCAGAAUAACUAUAAACAAAUGUACAAAUCAGAUCUGGGAGCUGCCAUUACCGACAAGACUAAAAGAGUACUUGAAAGAGUACCAAUACCAGGUAUAAAUAUCUUUUCUAAACGCCUCUAAUGUAGAGUAACUUUCAAAUGCAAUUCUUAAAAUCAGCCAAAGAACUGAGUAACCAGUUGUAUAACUCGGCAUGGAAUUCACUAUCAAAACAGUGGCAGUUCUGGGGGAAAGGUUUUUUAUUUCAGAUGCCACAAAGGGAGACUUUAUGUAGGAUAAUCCCAGCUUGCAUCCUCGGGGGUUCGACAAGGUGGCAUGCUAUUCUUGCGAGGGGAGAGAAGCCAGGAAUCUGUCCAGAUUGUGUUGCUUUGUCAAUGGCAUAAAAUACUGCACUGUCAAAUGCUGACUGAAGCAGUGGGACCGGGAGAGACUGCAGAAGUGGUCAGAGACGUAUGAGAGUGCAUAAGUGUCUCAGUUGUCUGAUUCCAAGAUUAAUUUGGUGCUGGUGUUUGUAUAAUCCUGAAAGCUUAACUGGAUCACACUGUGAUAAUCGUGCCAAAGUUAUGCAACUAAUCAAAUCCAGUCAAAAAAGUGAUCAUGUAUUCAGUUUUUAUUGAACUAUAAUUCUUGUGCUUUUCUGCAAGCAAAGGAGUACUGUAAGUAAUCAGUUUAAAACAUUGUUUUUCAAAGUUCUCUGAAAGCUGACCUUAAGGAGAAAUGCCACAUCUUUCACAGGAACCCAGUAUGUUGCUGAUUAUACCAGAUUGGUAUCCCAGAAUCUUUAACAUGUUAACAUCUUCAAAGUGGUGAUAUAUCCAUGUUAUUACUGUUAAGCCUCUUUUGGUUGAGGCUCUAGGACUGUACGCUGCAGAUUGCAGUUGCUCAGUUCCAAUGUCUAAACAUGGAUAUCAGCAGUUACAGCUGUCUUCUACAGUGUAGAAUGUUUUCUUCAGCUUGUUUCCCAAAAUGUGGGGAAAUACGAUGUGGGGGUUUUUUUUGGAGGGGUUUGUUUUUUUUUUUUCUUUUUUUUUUCUUUUCUUCUAAUUCACCAAUGUAGCUAUCAGACUAUUACUCAAUAAAGUAAAGCAAAUUGCGCAACAAUC